AUGGUAUCGGGACAUUCUAUUACUACCCCAACUACUACAACCACCACCACCACCUCCUCCUCUACCACUUCUAUACCCAAUGAUUCAAAAAUAUUAUGCAUUAAUUUUAAUCAAGAUCAAGGUUGUUUUGCAAUAAGUCAUGAACAAGGUUUUUUGGUCUAUAAUACUGAUCCUAUAGAAUUACGAGUCAAAAGAAAUUUCCACAUCAAUAGUCAUAUCUCAUCAAGAUCAAAUAAUAAUAAUAGUAAUGGCAGUAGUAGUGGUAGUGGUAGUAAUCAUCGUAAUAAUAGUACUGGGAGUACUGGAAGUAAUGGAUCGGUUUCAUCACUGGGAUCAAAUAAUGAAUCAACAUCUGGUUAUAAAUCUAAUAACAAAUCCGGAUCAGGAAUUGGUCAUAUUUCCAUGUUACAUAGAACAAAUUAUCUUGCAUUAAUAGGAGGAGGAGAAAAUCCUAAAUUCCCCAUUAAUAAAUUAAUUAUUUGGGAUGAUUUAAAACGGAAAACUAGUUUACUGUUAGAAUUUGAUACCCCGGUAUUAAAUGUAUUAUUAUCCAGAGUUCGAAUUAUUGUUGUAUUAAUUGAUCAAAUUAUCGUGUAUGGAUUUGCUGCCCCACCAAAAAAAUUCCAAACUUUUAAUACUAUAAACAAUCCAUUAGGUAUAGCUGAUUUAUCAGUUAAUAGUCAACAAUCCACUAUUAAUUUAUACAACAACGGACCUGUGGUUCAAGCUCAAGCUCAAGCUCAUGGUCCAUCCCAUUAUGAUUUUUCAAGACGGAAAAGUUUAUCACCAGCAAAUUCAUCAAGUUCAUCAAGUACUUCAUUAAAAGAAAAUGGAGGCAAUUUAAUUACAUAUACAUCACCGUCAUCAACAACUUCAAUAUCAACAUCAACUUCAGCUUCAGUCGCUACAAUAACUAAUACCAACAAUAAUACCGUGGAAGCAACUACUGCUAACCCUACUACAGCAACCACCACCACCACCACCACUACGGCUACUACUCUGACUAAACCAUUAGCCAAUGGUAUUGGAUCAUCUUAUCAAACAUUAGCAUUCCCUGGUCGAUCAAUGGGACAAAUUCAAAUUGUUGAUGUUGGUAAUAACCACAACAUUAACAAACAUACAAUAAAUAUUAUUAAAGCUCAUAAACUGAAUAUUCGUUGUUUAUGUCUUAAUAGAACAGGAACAUUAAUUGCUAGUGCUUCUAUUACUGGUACAAUUAUUCGUAUCCAUUCUACUCGUACAACAGCAUUACUAUUUGAAUUUAGAAGAGGUAUAGAUCGAGCCAUUAUUACAUCGAUGAAAUUUAGUCAUGAUGAUAGUAAGUUGGCAGUUUUAUCAGAUAAACAUACAUUGCAUGUAUAUAAUAUUGAUGAAAAACAACAUCCCAAUGAUACUAUUGGUAACAAUACAAAGGAUGGAGGAGGAGGAUUAAAUCGUCAUCAUUUAUUGAAUGGAUUACCUUAUUUACCCAAUUAUUUUCAAAGUACUUGGAGUUUCUGUUCAGUUAAUACCAAUAAAUAUCAUACAUCCGAUUUCGAAGAGGCUAAUAUUGGUAUACAACAGAAAUGGACAAUAAAUGAUAGUAAUGGUACAGAAGGAAGAGUUGAUGAAGGAAUAAUUGGAUGGAGUGGUAAUGAUAGUAUUAUAAUUAUAUGGAAGUUGAAAAAAAUAUGGGAAAAAUAUGUUAUUGUUGAAACAGAAAAUCAUCAAUAUGAUUUAAAACGAGCAAGUUGGAAAAGACUUGAUAGUUGA